CAGCGGCAGGAGAGCGGCGUGGGACGGUGAUGUGCGGCAGGUCGUUGUCGCAAUCGGCAUCAUCCUCGCAGCGGGCUCUGUCACCGUUUGCGUCAUCGCCCUCGUUUGUACGGCGGGGCACCAGGGUGCAUCCGCUGGUGGGGGCGAACAACGCGACAUUGAUCAUGGUGGCGGCAGCAGCAGCAGGAGGAGGAGGAGGAGGAAGGGGCGUCAGGAGCUUUAGCAGCUGCUGCGCCCGAGAGGAGGUGUUUGUGGAUUCGGGAUACGUGGACCCGCUUCAGCAGCAGCAGCGGAGGCAGCCGAAGCAGCAUGUGGCGGGAUGCGGCGGUGGAGGGCCGGGGGGCAAGCUGGGAGCGAGCGGCUCGUUUUUACGGAGGCAGCAAGCCAGCCCGCUUGCGACGGCGCUCACCAUUGUCCGGAACAACGUCAUGGACGGGCGCGACGCGUCGGAUCCCGCCAGCCCAUCACUUUCAUUGUACGACAAGCUCCGAAACAACAGCAAGAACAGCGCUCUACGGGCCGCAUACGGCGACCGCCAAUGGCAGUCCUUCUCGCACGCCGAGGCCACUUCUCGCAUGCAGCAUCUGGAGCAAAAGCGAGCUGUACCGUUGACCGUUGAGGAGGAGCAGCGGCAACGGCCAGCUGUUAUAUGUGAGGCGGCGGAAGGCGGGAACGGAGGUAGCGCUACCGGCAGGGCAGCUUUCGGUAACAAGAAGGCGAAACAUGAAGUAAGCGAGUUCUCGGCAGCUGUCCAGAAAGACGAGGAGAACGAGGAGGAGAAGGAAAAAGAGGGCGAAGCGGCAGAAGAGGCAACAGCGGAGGAGGAUGACGAAGGCGACCCGCGGGUCGGUUCCUUGGCGGCUUCCCGCCGUUGGGUGUCCUUCCCGCGCUCCACUCCCUCGUACCACCGGCACAAUCAGCCAUCAGAAGCCGCGCUGGCUGGUCUUCGGGCGGAGUUUGGGGCGAACCCGGCUCCUUUGAACGUUCCCGCAUCCGCCUCCCCACCACGCGUCACUUGCGACGGGAGCAGCCGCCGCGACCGCAGCGGCGGCGACAGCCAACAAGACCAGUCCACCAGCUCCGAUGAUGUGGGUCGUGGAGUUUUCCAUGCGCUGCUGCUGAGUCGACAGGCCAGCAGACGCAGCCUGCUGCAAAGCCCUAGUCAGGGGAGCAGGGGCCGGGAUUGGGACCGAGCCGGCGUGCAGCCAGACCAGAGCGAUGACGCGGAGAGUGACGGUGACUGCGGGGAAGGCUUGGACGCGGGACAUGAGGACGAGGGCAGGAAGAGGACUUGGAAGGGGUGCAGGGGCUCGGGUCCCACCCAUGGUUCUUGUGGGGCAUCCGCUGAUGACAGAGCCAGGCUAGUCGCUGCAGGCAGCGGUGGCAGAGUGAGGAUCAGCGCCAACCAAACCAUUGUCGCCGUUGCUUGUAGUGGUGGUGGUGGUGGUGGUGGUUUGGGCGGCAGUGCUGCGGGCCACAGAAGCACCGACGGCAGCGGCGGCGGCGCCAACGUCAUGACCGCCACGACGCUUCCGCCCAUUCUGCCGGCCUUGUGUGGCGUCCGUAGCUUUGGCUGCGGUUACGGCAGUGCCAGCAGCAGCAGGGGC